UACAGGACUUUAGCUGCAAAAAUGGUUAGGUGACUUAACUCGUGAAAACAGUAAUGAGGGAGAGAGCGCGUGCUGAUUCCCCUCGAAAUUCAAACCUCAGUCACAUUGAGUACUCUGUCUGAAUUCCGGAAUCCCUAAAGCCCCUUUUCCUCCGUCUGCGAACCAAACACCCCGACGGUACGGCGUAGUACAGAUCGAUCGAUGCGGAACAUUCUAUCGAUGUGGGAAAAUGGAUCCGGCAACGGCAAAGAUAAUGACGAUAACAUCAAGGAGAAGAGCAUAACAAAAGCAGCAGGGUUCGUGGUCUUCUCGGGAAUCGCAAUGAGCAUUCUCAAAGCCGUCAAUCCUUUCAAUAAUCCAAACCUCAAUAUUAAAAGCAGUGAGGUAAAGGCAACAGUUUUUGAGUCAGCUCAACCUCAAAUUCAGCCUCACGUGCUUCAACAAUCCCAGCCAGAGCCUGAGCCCAUUGUCAAGAAACCGAAUUGUUGUGCGGAGAAAAGAGCAAAGGAAGCUUCACAAAAUGUAAUAGAGAUUGAGCGGGGAGACACUCUUUGGGGACUCUCUAGACAAUAUGGGGUAUCAAUUGAGGCAAUUAAGGAGGCUAACGGGCUUGAAGGGGAUACCAUCUAUGCUGGCAAGAAACUUGUAAUACCCUAAUGUGCUCCUUCUCUUUGCUUCUUCUUGUUGUAUCAUUACUUAUGAUGUGAGUUUUUUUUUUCUUCCUUUUUGUCUAUUGGGUAAGCUGUAUUAGGGCAGAAAAUUUUGUAGUUUGAGACCAACGCUAUGGCUGCCAGUGGAGAUAGGGAUGUGAGAUUGGUUUUGAGCUAUGUAAAAUGAGGAAAAUCUUAGCUGCUAUGAUGAACUUGUAUCUUGACUCACAAUAUUUUAUCAUGUAGAAGAAAUGCUUACUUUCCAAAUC